AUGUUGGCUACAUUGUUGUGGGUAGUAGAAGAUGAUGAUGUUGAACGAAAGCAAGCAAAGUGUAAGUAUUACUUUGCUACACUUAAAGCCGAUCAAUCGAGACAGGCAUUUGAUUUUGCAAGAGAUGUCCACAUGUUGGCUACAUUGUUGUGGGUAGUAGAAGAUGAUGAUGUUGAACGAAAGCAAGCAAAGUCCAUGUUGUAUACGAAGAGGCGAUCAUUUUGCUAUGUACUCCAUCUUUUCAUUCAGAAAACCCAGAAAAAAUUUCAACAUUCCGAUAAGAAAACCCUAAUCGUGAUAUCUUCUCCUCUGAAACGCAAUGGUGUUGUGGCGUAUACGUGCAAAUAUGGAGGAAAUCGAUGUUGGACGUCGUUACUGUUAUACCAUGGUGGAGAGUUCACCAAAUUUCCUGGAAGAAAGUACAUCAAAGGAAAACAAACGUAUAUAGACUUACUCGACAUGGAUACUUUCUCAGUGCAUGACAUUGAUGAAAUGAUGGAACAGUUAGGCUAUGUUGAUGAAGGUAUACCUUUGUACUAUCACUUUAAACAACCUUUUUCAGAUUUAGAUUUCGAGUUAUUUGCUUUGGGUAGUGAUCACGAUGUGAGACAUCUGGGUACCUUCAUUUCCAAGCAUAAGUUGAUUGAAGUCUAUAUUGAACAUGGAAAAACCCAAUUACAUACGCUUUUCUUAGAUUGGUAUGAUACUGGGGAGACACAUGUUGUUGGGGAUGCUUCUAAAGAGGCUAAUGUAAUGGACCUCACUGGAGAUGACAAUAUGGACAUAACUGAUAAUGGGGAUAAUAACAAGGAAGGAAAUCCAUGCGUUGAAGUUGAAAUUGGGGACAAAUUUGAGCACACAAAUGAAGUUGAAUUUAGGGAUGGUAACAAGGAUGGAGAAGAUCCAUGGGUUGAAGUUGAAAGUGGGGACAUGUUUGAGGACAUAAACGAAGAAGAAUUUGGAAGUGGGGACAACUUUGACGAUGAUAGUGGUUAUAAAUCCAGUGACUCCGAUGAUAUAGAAUUUUAUGUUGACAAUGACAACAUCUUAGAUGAUGUAGAAGUUGACAUGAAUGAUUUCAAUAAUAACAUUGAUAUGGAUGCAGAGUGGGUUGGAGGUAUGAAUGACAAUGUGGUACAAGAAGAGAAUGAAGUUGGAGAGCUUAAUGAAGUACUACAUAACAAUGUACUUUUGUCAGGCUCAUCUUCGGAUGAAGGUCCAGUUGGUCAACGAAAGAAGACCAUCAAAUCUAUCCAACGAGCUUAUGAGAAUGAUAAAGCAAAUGUUGCUGAACCAUUUUAUAUCCUUCAAACCUUUAAUACAGCCCAAGAGUUUAAAGAAAGAGUUAAAGUCCAUGCUAUUGAGACAAGAAGGGAACUUGGUUUUGAAAAAAAUGACAAGAAUAUGGUAAGAGUUGUGUGUAGGGGGACAAUACCAAAACUGGGAAACUUAGACAAAAGUGGGGAAGGUCAACAAGAAGUCAACAAUGAAGAUGAAGAGAAGUGCCCGUGGAGCCUCUACGCUAGUAAAUGGAAACGUGAUAUAAACUGGAUGGUCAAAUCUUACAACAAAGAACAUCGUUGUCUCCAAACUCGGAAUGUUAAAGCUUGUACUUAUAAGUUUCUCGCCAAAAAGAUUAAAACUCAGGUGGAAUCUAAGCCAACUAUUCCAAUUCGUGCUUUACAAGAACAACUGCAACGUGAUUACCAAGUGGGACUUUCCAAGAUGAAAGUGUUUAGGGCUAGAACUGAAGCUCUCAAUCAGGGAUUUGCUGCUGGAAGAAGAGACUUUCUUGGUCUCGAUGGUGCUUUUAUGAAGGGUCCAUACCCAAGACAAAUACUUUCAGCUGUGGGAAUUGAUGGUAAUAAUGGAACAUAUCCACUGGCUUAUGCUGUUGUGGAAUCUGAGAGUACCAACUCAUGGACUUGGUUUCUAACUUGUCUAGGGGAUGAUUUGGGUUUAGGAACCAACUCAAAUUUUACGUUUAUGACAGACAAACAAAAGGGAGUGUUACCUGCUAUAGCAAAGUUGUUUCCAUGCGCUGAGCAUCAUUAUUGUCUUCGUCAUAUCCAUGAAAACAUGAAAGCUAAUUGGAGGGCAAAGCAAUUCAAAGACUUGCUAUGGGAUUGUGCAAAAGCAUCUACUGUUCAAUAG